AUGCCAUCGGAUGAGCUUGCAGAAGUCUAUCAAGAGAUGCUAGCGGAAGCAGAGGCCCGAGACCCUGAGCAGUUUCAUUCGGAUCGCCCAAUCAAGAGACGCAAAGUUGGAGGCUCAAACGGUGUACCAACGAAGGCUAUUCCAAUCGAAUUUUCUAAAUCAGCGGAACCAGCAACAAGCUCAGCUCUCGAUUAUGGAAGCCCGCUGAGACAUCCACACUUCCAGGUCAUCUACGAUUCGACCUCAUCUGAAGAAUCCGACAUUGAAUGGGAAGAUGUGGAUGUUGAACAACCCGCCCCAACUGCGCACGCAAAGACAAACGUCAAUGAAGAUCGUGAUGAGACGUUACAAAUCACUUUGGAUGAACAACCCGAGACCUCAAAGAAGAGAGCUAUGCGAAGGAAGCCUCUAUCGAAGGCUGAAAAGCAACUGAGGCUCGAUACCCACAAGGCUCAUCUCCUUUGCCUCCUCGCGCAUGUACAAAUUCGAAAUAAGUGGUGUAAUGACAACGCGCUGCAGAGUCAUUUAAAGACGAUGCUACCACGAAACAUCAUCAACCUUCUCCAUCCUGACGAAACGAAACACAAAGUCACCCGAUCAACCACUUUCAUGGAUGGUCUCCAUCAAGCUGGUGACCGUUUUGCCCGCAGAUUCCGUGUCACUAAGACGGGUCUCAAGCGAGCAUACUGGGCAGAAGAUCCAAUCCAGCUGAAAGAAGAUAUGGACCGGAUUAUGUCUGAGGGCGACACAUUUCUCUCGAAGGAUGAAUUUUUGGCGCGAGCCCACAUCUUGCAAGGCUCUCGCGACUUUGGGGCGCAAUUGUUCUGUGCGCUUUUAAGGGCAGCUGCUGUGGAGGCUAGACUUGUGUGCUCACUGCAGACGCUACCCUUCUCAGGAACUACCCAGGAUCCUGCACCCGCCCGGAAGUCCCAAAAUUACAUAGUUCUUUCCUCAGACGAUCAAGGAUCACCCAAAGAUGAGUCGCAAAGACAAUUGAGUCCGCCCAAGACCCCGUCACAGCAACAGCGAAUUGGCAGACCGACUUUUCAAUCGCGCCCUGCCGCAACCACUUUCCGAGAGAAGUUAGAAAUCACUGCAAAGCCUACCGAGUCGCCAUAUCCCGUCUUUUGGGUAGAGGCAUACAAUGAGGCCAUCGGAAAAUGGCUGCCAAUUGAUCCUAUCGUUACGAAGACUCUGGCAAAGCCGUCGAAACUUGAGCCUCCAGCGAGCGACAUUUACAACAGCAUGUCAUAUGUGGUUGCAUUCGAAGACGAUGCUUCGGCGAGAGAUGUAACCCGGCGCUAUGCUAAAGCUUUCAAUGCAAAGACGCGCAAAGCCCGGGUGGAAAGCACGCCGAAUGGGGGAAAAUGGUUGAAUAUGGCACUUGCUGCUUAUGAAAAGCCUUUUCUGGAGGACAGAGAUGAUAAUGAGUUCGCUGAGCUCACUACCAAGUCUGCUGCCGAGGGUAUGCCGCGCAAUUUGAUGGACUUCAAAGAUCAUCCUGUCUACGCUCUGGAGAGACACUUGCGACGGAACGAGGUCAUUUUUCCAAAACACGUCGUAGGACAUGUUGGGCUGAGCAAGGCAGGCUCGAAGAAUGACAACCUCGAAACUGUCUACCGACGGUCUGACGUGCAUGUCGUCCGCAGCGCCGACAGGUGGUACCGACUUGGAAGGGACGUCAAAGUAGGCGAACAGCCACUGAAACACGUGACAGCGAACAAGGCCAAGAGCGGAUUUGCCAGUGAUGAGGAAGAUCAGGAAAAUGAACAGACACCUCUUUACGCCGAGUACCAGACGGAGGUAUACCAGCCGCCGCCUGUAGUACAAGGACAGCUUCCCAAGAACGCCUAUGGCAAUCUGGAUGUGUAUGUCCCGAGUAUGGUCCCGCCGGGUGCAGUGCACGUUAGACACCCUGACGCAGCGCGUGCUGCCAAUCUUCUUGGCAUCGACUACGCCGAUGCAGUGACCGGAUUUGAAUUUCGAGGUCGCAGGGGUACGGCCGUAGUCAGUGGCAUUGUCGUUGUCAAAGAGAACCUCGAAGCUCUACAAGAGACAAUUAGUGCAAUUGCUGAUGACCGACGCCAAGCUGCGAUGGAGGCGAGAAGUGAAGAGUCGCUGCGGUUGUGGCGUCUGUUCUUAACCAAACUCAGGAUUGCUGACAGGGUCAAGGUCUACGCAAGUGAAGACGAGACAAUGGACUCGGGGACCGGGAGAGAUUCCUCUCCCGGUUCUGAGACAGAAUACACGUCCCACGAAGGAGGAGGAUUCCUUCCAGAAGAGAGUGGAGGAUUUCUUCCAGAAGAGAGUGGAGGAUUUCUUUCAGAAGAGAGUGGAGGGUUUCUUCCAGAGGAAGGUGAAGGCUUUCUCGCAGAGGACACCGGUCCCAGCAUCGAUAGAUUUGCUGGCGACGACGAUGGCGCCGCAGACGGGGUCUCUGGUCAGUCGCCCGACCACGAAAAUCUCACAACUCGUGUCAAUGUGUCUGAUAGCAGCGUCACAGACCCGCAAGUUCCCCGCAUAAACCAGAUGCCACCCACACAGGAGAGAGGCACGAAAACUCAAACAGGCAAGAAAGCCAAAAAAAACAAGCCACCUCGUUACGAACUGAUCGUUGUGCCCUCAAAAAACGGAGGUAACACGUCGAACCCAGACAAUACGAACAAGCACGACAGGGAUGUCAAGAGCUCUUCUGCGAUUGCUCCAAUGGCAAUGGAGUCGUCCACACAAGGCGACCCAAGACCAGUCAGCUUGGCCACAAUCUCACCUUCAGCCUCUCCGACUAUCGGAUGUCAGCCAGCAGCCGUCGUGGAUAGUGACAGCGAGAUUGAGAAAGGCUCGCUAAUGUCGGAAGAUCCUGAAGACGAAGACGCGAUUCCCGAAUGGCUCUUGUAG